CAUCUCCAGUAGUGUUUAAGGUAUCACCAUCUGUAAUGGCGACUUCAUCUCUAGUAGUGUUUAAGGUAUCACCAUCUGUAAUGGCGACUUCAUCUCCAGUAGUGUUUAAGGUAUCAACAUCUGUAAUGGCGACUUCAUCUCUAGUAGUGUUUAAGGUAUCACCAUCUGUAAUGGCGACCUCAUCUCCAGUAGUGUUUAAGGUAUCACCAUCUGUAAUGUCGACCUCAUCUCCAGUAGUGUUUAAGGUAUCACCAUCUGUAAUGGCGACUUCAUCUCUAGUAGUGUUUAAGGUAUCACCAUCUGUAAUGGCGACUUCAUCUCCAGUAGUGUUUAAGGUAUCAACAUCUGUAAUGGCGACUUCAUCUCUAGUAGUGUUUAAGGUAUCACCAUCUGUAAUGGCGACUUCAUCUCCAGUAGUGUUUAAGGUAUCAACAUCUACAAUGGCGACCUCAUCUCCAGUAGUGUUUAAGGUAUCAACAUCUGUAAUGUCGACCUCAUCUCCAGUAGUGUUUAAGGUAUCAACAUCUACAAUGUCGACCUCAUCUCCAGUAGUGUUUAAGGUAUCAACAUCUGUAAUGUCGACCUCAUCUCCAGUAGUGUUUAAGGUAUCACCAUCUGUAAUGGCGACUUCAUCUCUAGUAGUGUUUAAGGUAUCACCAUCUGUAAUGGCGACUUCAUUUCCAGUAGUGUUUAAGGUAUCAACAUCUACAAUGUCGACCUCAUCUCCAGUAGUGUUUAAGGUAUCAACAUCUACAAUGUCGACCUCAUCUCCAGUAGUGUUUAAGGUAUCAACAUCUACAAUGUCGACCUCAUCUCCAGUAGUGUUUAAGGUAUCAACAUCUGUAAUGGCGACCUCAUCUCCAGUAGUGUUUAAGGUAUCAACAUCUACAAUGUCGACCUCAUCUCCAGUAGUGUUUAAGGUAUCACCAUCUGUAAUGGCGACUUCAUUUCCAGUAGUGUUUAAGGUAUCACCAUCUGUAAUGGCGACCUCAUCUCCAGUAGUGUUUAAGGUAUCAACAUCUACAAUGUCGACCUCAUCUCCAGUAGUGUUUAAGGUAUCAACAUCUGUAAUGUCGACCUCAUCUCCAGUAGUGUUUAAGGUAUCACCAUCUGUAAUGGCGACCUCAUCUCCAGUAGUGUUUAAGGUAUCACCAUCUGUAAUGUCGACCUCAUCUCCAGUAGUGUUUAAGGUAUCACCAUCUGUAAUGUCGACCUCAUCUCCAGUAGUGUUUAAGGUAUCACCAUCUGUAAUGUCGACCUCAUCUCCAGUAGUGUUUAAGGUAUCACCAUCUGUAAUGGCGACCUCAUCUCCAGUAGUGUUUAAGGUAUCAACAUCUACAAUAGCGACCUCAUCUCCAGUAGUGUUUAAGGUAUCACCAUCUGUAAUGUCGACCUCAUCUCCAGUAGUGUUUAAGGUAUCAACAUCUGUAAUGGCGACCUCAUCUCCAGUAGUGUUUAAGGUAUCACCAUCUGUAAUGUCGACCUCAUCUCCAGUAGUGUUUAAGGUAUCAACAUCUGUAAUGGCGACCUCAUCUCCAGUAGUGUUUAAGGUAUCAACAUCUACAAUGGCGACCUCAUCUCCAGUAGUGUUUAAGGUAUCACCAUCUGUAAUGGCGACCUCAUCUCCAAUACUGUUUAAGGUAUCACCAUCUGUAAUGGCGACUUCAUCUCUAGUAGUGUUUAAGGUAUCAACAUCUGUAAUGUCGACCUCAUCUCCAGUAGUGUUUAAGGUAUCACCAUCUGUAAUGGCGACCUCAUCUCCAGUAGUGUUUAAGGUAUCAACAUCUACAAUGUCGACCUCAUCUCCAGUAGUGUUUAAGGUAUCAACAUCUGUAAUGUCGACCUCAUCUCCAGUAGUGUUUAAGGUAUCAACAUCUACAAUGGCGACCUCAUCUCCAGUAGUGUUUAAGGUAUCAACAUCUGUAAUGGCGACCUCAUCUCCAGUAGUGUUUAAGGUAUCACCAUCUGUAAUGUCGACCUCAUCUCCAGUAGUGUUUAAGGUAUCACCAUCUGUAAUGUCGACCUCAUCUCCAGUAGUGUUUAAGGUAUCACCAUCUGUAAUGGCGACCUCAUCUCCAGUAGUGUUUAAGGUAUCAACAUCUACAAUGGCGACCUCAUCUCCAGUAGUGUUUAAGGUAUCACCAUCUGUAAUGUCGACCUCAUCUCCAGUAGUGUUUAAGGUAUCAACAUCUGUAAUGGCGACCUCAUCUCCAGUAGUGUUUAAGGUAUCAACAUCUAAAAUGGCGACCUCAUCUCCAGUAGUGUUUAAGGUAUCACCAUCUGUAAUGGCGACCUCAUCUCCAAUACUGUUUAAGGUAUCACCAUCUGUAAUGGCGACUUCAUCUCUAGUAGUGUUUAAGGUAUCAACAUCUGUAAUGUCGACCUCAUCUCCAGUAGUGUUUAAAGUAUCAACAUCUACAAUGUCGACCUCAUCUCCAGUUGUGUUUAAAGUAUCACCAUCUGUAAUGUCGACCUCAUCUCCAGUAGUGUUUAAGGUAUCAACAUCUACAAUGUCGACCUCAUCUCCAGUAGUGUUUAAGGUAUCACCAUCUGUAAUGGCGACCUCAUCUCCAAUACUGUUUAAGGUAUCACCAUCUGUAAUGGCGACUUCAUCUCUAGUAGUGUUUAAGGUAUCACCAUCUGUAAUGGCGACCUCAUCUCCAAUAGUGUUUGAAGUAUCACCAUCUGUAAUGUCGAUCUCAUCUCCAGUUGUGUUUAAAGUAUCACCAUCUGUAAUGUCGACCUCAUCUCCAGUUGUGUUUAAAGUAUCACCAUCUGUAAUGUCGACCUCAUCUCCAGUAGUGUUUAAGGUAUCACCAUCUGUAAUGGCGACCUCAUCUCCAGUAGUGUUUAAGCUAUCACCAUCUGUAUUGUCGACCUCAUCUCCAGUAGUGUUUAAGGUAUCAACAUCUGUAAUGGCGACCUCAUCACCAGUAGUGCUAAAGGUAUCAACAUCUGUAAUGUCGACCUCAUCUCCAGUAGUGUUUAAGGUAUCACCAUCUGUAAUGGCGCUCUCAUUUCCAGUAGUGUUUAAGCUAUCACCAUCUGUAAUGGCGACCUCAUCUCCAGUAGUGUUUAAGGUAUCACCAUCUGUAAUGGCGACCUCAUCUCCAGUAGUGUUUAAGCUAUCACCAUCUGUAAUGGCGACCUCAUCUCCAGUAGUGUUUAAGGUAUCACCAUCUACAAUGUCGACCUCAUCUCCAGUAGUGUUUAAAGUAUCACCAUCUGUAAUGGCGACCUCAUCUCCAGUAGUGUUUAAGGUAUCACCCUCUGUAAUGGCGACCUCAUCUCCAGUAGUGUUUAAGGUAUCAACAUCUGUAAUGACGACCUCAUCUCCAGUAGUGUUUAAGGUAUCACCCUCUGUAAUGUCGACCUCAUCUCGCGUACUGUUUAAGGUAUCACCAUCUGUAAUGUCGACCUCAUCUCCAGUAGUGUUUAAGGUAUCACCAUCUGUAAUGUCGACCUCAUCUCCAGUAGUGUUUAAGGUAUCACCAUCUGUAAUGUCGACCUCAGUAUGUCACGAACAUUAUAAGUAUGUCAUAUACUUGGAUACUGUUAUUACUUGAUAUUCUACCUUUAUGGAUUUAUUGUUGUAUAUUGACUCUGUCAUGUUCUCUUGAAGAGCCACAGGCGAUAUAAUCUCUUAUCUCCAUUUAAGGUCACAAACUGGGAGGCCAAGAAAUUGAUCGUGGACCUAAAUCCUUGGCACGUGUUAGUUGUUUCUCUCGACUUUGGAAACACCCCUAUCGCCUCAACACUUAAGGGACGUCCUAUAUUAUGUUACAUCUCAUAAAUGUCAAAAGAUUGUACUACUUUGUCGCAUCGUGAAAAGUCUUUAAACAUGAGAGCUUGCAACAGUUAACGAUAUUUUAGAAAUUUUGCAUUUGUCUUGUAAAAGUCAUUGAACAAACGUUACACAAUAGGCAAGGCAUAUUAGAGCUUGUAACAGUAAAGGCUAAAAUAAUCCAGAUAUAUCGUUAUAACGACAACAUUGCUACCUUAACUAGAUUGAUUUUUCCUUUUAAUAAACAUUGUCUUGUCAGUUAAAUGAAAGACAAAAAAUUUCAAUAUGAUAAAAAUUUCUAAAUGUACACACAACCAUGUUCUUUUCCACAUCCUUAAAUACUAGAAUUGAAAAUCAUGACAUUGGUUGAAUUAUGAAGUGAGUGUAUCUGAUACCGUUUUAUUAUCACAUUUAUUUCGGUCUAGAAAGAUUUUCCAAAGUCGCCUCCUGGAAAUUCAAGUUUUUAGACCCCUAGCAUUACUGACAAAUACUAGAAGAACUUCAAAACAUGUUUGUCUCUGCUUCAUUCUUCAUUUUGAAAUUUACAACCUGUAAUAUAUACAAACCAGAAUAAUAUUGCAUAAAACAUGAAAGACAGCUUCAAGUUAAAGUUAAAGUGUGAAGCCUUUCAUACUGCUGAACGUGCCACAGAGCAGAUAGACAUAGAAAUUACCAUAUUUGUAAGUUGAUUAUGGUAAUUAAGUAAUAUCAGUAUUUUUCAGCUUUUCUGAUCACUUAAAACCCGAUAGAUUCAGGGGGCUUGCCCCCUCUUACCCUCACCCCAAAACCCCCAAAAACCUCUGCCAGAGCUUCACCACACCCUAACCAAGCAGCUCCCUUGACCCCUAUUAAAUGCAUACACUUCAAGUAAAGAUUUGAUAUACCACUAUGAAUGGCUGGACGGAUUGUGUACUUUGUAAUGACGUCACAUUUGUAAAUGUUAGUAAUGAUAUCAUAGUACUCCUGCACUAACGGACUUAAAUGAUACUCCACAGAGAGCUGUGAUAGUAGACAAUAAAUAUUUGUUUUGUAUACUGAGAUAACAAUCAUGGUGCUCUAUCAUUAUAGUAGACUUAUUGAUAAACUAGUUUAGUCAUGAAUGACUGGUCUGACUUACAAUACACGCAUGCAAUGCGUGCACAUAAACGUCACAAGCGCCAGUGUUUUGACCCUGGUUUAAAUAUACCGAUGUCAAAUUGGCAUUCAGUUAAGCGUCUAUUUAAUGAUAUAUUGGCAUAAGUUUUUUAAAUGAAAGAAUGGAUAUUCAAUGACACGAAAACUUCAAUCAAAAUUAUAUGGGGGUCAAUAAAUGUGACGCUGUAUUGGUUAACCUGGCCGUAUGAUUUAGACAACCUAUUUAGUCUACUUAGUGUAAUGUUGUAUUGUAAACUGACCAGCCAUUCAGUUGUUAAUCACGAUAUGAUGAAAAAAACCACGAAGCUUUAAUACCAAGGAAUGUUUUACAACGACAUGAUAUUGACGUUUACACCAAAAGUGUUGAUGUAUUCAAACAGUAUAACGAUAGAAAAAGCUAUAAACUGUCAAAUAAAUAGCGCUGCAAUUAA